AUUAAUAAUUAUUAUACCGAUUAUAGAUAUAAUUCAAUUCUCAUAUAUAUAUUUGGAGCAAAAAGAACGAGGCUGGCGAGAAACUAUGCUUUGGACAUCAGUUUUGGUUUUUCUCGCAUUUGCAGGGAUGUCAUAUCAGCAAGGAUGCACAGAUUCUCAUGCUCAAUGUGGCUUCUUUGCUCAAUCUUGUAAUACGGCAAAUAUAAAACUUUUAUGUCGUAAAACUUGUCGACAAUGUAGUAGUGGACCUACAGGCUGCGGACCAGAUACGCAAACGUGGUGUGGUUCAAUCCCCAAAAGUAACUGUGGAAAUGCUUUUAUGAAGUCCGCUUGCCCAACACGCUGUUGCGAAGACCAAGGCGGAGAAUCUUGUGAGAAAGAUGCCGCGCAAUGGUGCCCCGGAUAUAAGGAUGAAUGCGAAAGGGAUACUUACGUGAGAGAUAAUUGCAAGACCACCUGCUGUAAAAAUGGAGGAGGCAAUGGUGGCGGGGGUGUCACACCAAAAUGGUCAAAUUGGGGCAAUUGGGGUUGUAAUGUUCAAUGCGGGCAAGGUACUGAAACUAGGAGCCGUACAUGUGAGACAGGGAAUAACUGCGAAGGUGAUGCGGAGCAAACCCGGCCUUGUACAAGGGACCCUUGUGAUACAUCUUGUGCACCCGACGAAGCAAUCUGGUGCAGUGCCAAUAAAAAAAACUGCGAAACUAUGGAAUAUGUAAGAAGAUAUUGUAAGACAACAUGUUGCAAAGACAGUGGUGGUGGUGCAGCGAAAUGGUCUGAUUGGGGAAACUGGGAGUGCAAUGUCGCAUGCGGGACGGGCACUCAGACGAGAAGGCGCACCUGUGAGACAGGGAAUAACUGUGAAGGUCCUGCAGUAGAAACCAAGCCUUGUACACUGAAUGCGUGUGUACUGCCUGAAUGGUCUGAAUGGGGAGCCUGGAAUUGUGAUGUCACAUGUGGGACAGGCACUCAAACGAGAACUCGAACCUGUGAGACUGGGAAUAACUGCAUUGGUGCUGCAGAGCAAACCGCAGAGUGUGUAUUGGCUGAUUGCGUAGUUGAUCCGUGUGCUGGUCCUGAACCUGACUGGUGUGACGGGAACAAGUUGUAUUGCAACUCUGAUUUUUUUGUAAAAAGCCGAUGCAAGAAGACAUGUUGUGAACAAAGUGGUGGUGAAGGCAAAUGGACUACUUGGAGUGACUGGAAAUGCGAUGCAGAAUGCGGAACAGGGACCGAAACAAGUAGUCGUACAUGUCAGACAGGAAAUAACUGCAUUGGUGAUGCAACACGGACCAGAGAUUGUUCACUACCCCCAUGCCCAACAGGUGAUUGUGAGGACAAAGAUCCCAGAUGUCCGGGAUGGGGGUUGUUUUGCAACUAUCCCAUGGUUAUCGAAUCUUGUCCGCUUCUUUGCAAGAAAUGCGAGGUAACAACGGUUCCAGAAUGGGGGGCAUGGAAAUGGGAGGAAUGUUCAAAGCCAUGCGGACCUGGAACGCAGAAAGGCACAAGAGUGUGUUCAGUGCCAAACAGCUGUUCGGGUAUAUCUGAAGAUACAAAAAAUUGUAAAAUAAAGGAUUGUGACACUCAGGUUGGAAAAUGGGACAAUUGGCAACGAUGGGGUGAUUGCUCAGAGACAUGCGGGCCUGGCACGAGAACAAGGAAAAGGAACUGUCUAGGUCCGGGAGAAUGCCCUGGAGACGCCACUAUUUCAGACGACUGUAAUCUGGGAGAAUGUGAAAAAAUAGAAUGGAGGCCUUGGAGGCCAUGGGGAAAAUGUUCUAAAGACUGUGGAACAGGAGAAAGAACACGAACACGUGCCUGCAGUGUUCCUGGUAAAUGCACAGGAAGUAGUACAGAAAAAAGUAGCUGUAAAAUAAAAGAUUGUGAAGCUCCCAAAUUACUUCCAUGGGAAGAUUGGACAAAAUGUUCAGCAGAUUGUGAAGGUGGAACGCAGAAGAGAAUCCGUAAAUGCUCAGUUGACGGUCAAUGUCAAGGAAUGGGCCCAAUGGAAGAGCAGCAAGACUGUAAUGUUGACAUUCCUUGUGAUAAGAACUCAUGGAGCAAAUGUAGUAAAGCGUGCGGUACAGGUACAAAAAGAAAGUGGGAAUGCAGAAAUGUUGGUUCAAAAGAGGAGUGCAUGUGGGCAUAUGAAGUAUGUCAACUUAAACCAUGUUCACCAGCUCUCUGUGACUCGGUUAAAGACUUUACCAAACGUUAUAGUGCAAACCACACAUGUUGCAAAAACGACCGACUUUCUCAAUGUGGAGUCCAGCGUGUUAACCAAAAAAUUAUUGGUGGAAUUCCAGCACAAGCAACGCAGUGGCCUUGGAUGGUUUAUCUUUCAAUGGAUUCUGAUUUUGAGUUUUGUGGAGGUGCUCUGAUCAGUAGUGAGUGGGUGAUAACAGCUGGACAUUGCUUAAUUGAUGACGACGGAAGGAAAAAGGUCAAUUCCAAGUGGCGGGCGAUAAUUGGAAUGCUAGAAUUCAGUGGAAGUGUAACAAUACCGAGCGAAGCAAUAAUUAGCUUUUCUGAUUCAAUGGCUCAUCCACAAUAUGACUUUCCUGAUAACGAUAUCGCUCUUCUCAAGUUGUCAAGGUCUGUGAAGUUCCACUCAACGGUUGGUCCUAUUUGCAUGCCAUCAACAGAAGAGCCUAGCAAGGAUCAAGUAUGUUUUGUCACAGGAUGGGGAGUCAUGAAUACAGACGCAGCUAACCCUCAGGUCUCACCAGCACUUUUACAACUGGAUGCAACAGUAUUUGAUGUGGACGUUUGCCGAGAGAGAUAUUCCAAAAACGCCAUAAUGAAGCAAUUCGUGCCUUUUCUGGAAAGUUCUAAAAAUCGUAUUCAUUGCGCUGGAAGUUUGUCGCUACAAGCCGACAGUUGUCAGGGUGACAGCGGUGGACCACUUGUUUGUCAAAAAUGUGCCAAUUGUGGUUGGUAUCUUACUGGUAUUGUUUCCUUUGGUCCCAAGCCUUGUGGCACAGCUGGCUUGCCCGGUAUUUACACCAAAAUCAACCCUUAUCAGGAGUGGAUCGAAGAAAAAACCGGCAUCAGUAUACCGAAAGCACAACCCUGUAGUUAGUAGAACAAUUGGAAGUAAAAUAUUUUCAUAGAUAACAAUAGUACCAUUUCCAAUCAAAUACCAUGUUUACGGUGUGUCUUGUUUAAGCAGAACAUUGGUGUAAAAUGAAUCAUCCGACAGAGCAUUUAAUGUUUACAUAAUAAAGUGCGAUGUGCUUGGGUCAUAGUAACGACAAUCCCUAGUUGUAGUACUUUUUGAUAUUUGAGAAUUACUUUCGUGCUAUGAUGUUAUCUAUAUGGUGUUUCUGAAUAUAUCAUAUUUGUCAAUAUCAA